CACACGGCAGCCUUAAGUGUCAGCAGCUCUGAGCGGGGAGCAGAGGGCACAGACAUGGCUGCCAAGCGCUUCGUGCUCUUCGACUUGGGCGGGGUGCUGCUCACCCCCGGCCCGCAGGCCGCCUUCCAGAAGCUGGAGAAGACCCUCAAACUACCGGGGGGAUUCGUGUCGAAUGUGUUUGUGAAGAGCGGCUCAGAUGGACCGUUCGCCCAGGCGGAGAGGGGACAGAUCCCGUUCUCUCAGUUUGUUACAGAAAUCAACAAGGAAUGUAAGGUGUUUGCUGAAGAAUCUGGGGUCACCCUUCCCGAGACCUUCUCUGUGGAAUCGGCCUUCCACAGCAUGUUUGAGACUGAUGCAGUCAACAAGCCAUUACUGAACGCCGCCACAUUGCUGAGAAGCCACGGAUUUAAAACCUGCGUGCUCACCAACAACUGGGUGGAUGACAGCCCGAACCGGCAGAGUACCGCUGAAAUGUUCAUUUUUUUGAAGCACCACUUUGACCUGGUCAUUGAAUCCUGCCGCAUCGGAAUGAGGAAACCAGAGACCCAGAUAUAUGAGUACGCCCUGAAGGCGCUGAAAGCCGAGCCUCAAGAGACCAUUUUCCUUGAUGACAUUGGUGCCAACCUGAAACCCGCUCGUGAUAUGGGAAUAUCUACAGUGUUGGUCAGAGACACAGAAAAAGCUUUAAAGGAACUGCAGGACUUGUCUGGUGUGAAGCUACUGGAUGAAGACGAUGUCCUGCCUCCUGCUGCAGACCCUGAUGCCGUCCCCCAUGGAUACGUUACAAUUAAGCCCGGCAUCAAGCUGCAUUAUGUUGAGAUGGGAAACGGGCCGGCUAUCUGCCUUUGUCAUGGCUUUCCAGAGAGCUGGUAUUCGUGGAGGUACCAGUUACCGGCCUUGGCUGCUGCUGGUUACAGAGUUAUAGCACUGGACAUGAAAGGUUAUGGGGAAUCAUCCUCUCCACCUGAGAUAGAAGAAUAUUCCCAGCAACAACUCUGCCAGGACAUGGUUUCUUUCUUGGAUGAGCUGGGUAUUUCACAGGCAACAUUGAUCGGACAUGACUGGGGUGGGGCUUUCGUUUGGAACAUGGCGCUCUUCUAUCCAGAAAGAGUCAAAGCAGUUGCAUCACUUAAUACCCCAUUCUUUGCUGCUAGACCAGAAAUGAAAGCAAGUGAGGGAAUAAAACAGAACCCGAUCUUUGAUUACCAGAUUUAUUUCCAGGAGCCGGGUGUCGCUGAAGCAGAACUAGAGAAAAAUGUGGAAAGAACAUUAAAAAUAUUUUUCCGUGGUCCAGGUGAAAAGGACAAACUUCCAUCUUUCGUUAGUACUGGCGGAGUAUGUAAGAGAGGUGGUCUGUUUGUCGGCCUGCCGGAAGAAAUCCCUCAAAGCAAAAUAAUUAGUAAAGCUGAGCUGGAGUUUUACGUCUCGCAGUUUAAGAAGACUGGUUUCCGGGGUCCAUUAAACUGGUACAGAAACAUGGACCGGAGCUGGGAGUGGGCAGUCAAGGCUCACAACUGGAAGAUAUUAGUUCCAGCUUUGAUGGUGACGGCAGAGAAGGAUGUAGUGUUGCUUCCAGUGAUGACCACCGGCAUGGAGCAGAGGAUUCCAAAUCUGACAAGAGGACAUAUUGAAAACUGUGGACACUGGACUCAGAUGGAGAAACCGGCUGCCUUGAAUGAAAUCCUCAUUAAAUGGCUGGGAGAAGUUCACACACCGUCUUUCCCUUCUAAGCUCUGAGUGUCCCACAUCACAUGAGCCAAAUUCUUGGUCUCGAUCUUCCGCAGAAAAUGUUCCUAAUUCCUUCCUGACACAAUCCAGCGCACUCUAAUUGUCUGCUGGUCAUGCAUCUAAUGCACAAAGCCAUUGUGAUUAACAGGCGAGGCUGGCACAGAUAUUGAAUGUUCGUACCAGUCCCAUUUCAUGAUUAACCCUGAACCUUUUGAUGGAAACGGCAAAUUGUGAAUAAUAAUAAUAAUCUAUACAAUUAAAUAGAAAUUGCAAAGAAAAAGUGCCCUUAAUGGAGUGUAAUGGCACGCGUAACACUGCAGAGUAGAGGGCCGCUGGAUUACGGACUCGUGUCUAAGCUCCAUGUAUUUAUACGGUCACAUAUUAAUGGUGAAAUCUAAUGGCUGCUGUACUUUGUACCAUACAUAGUAAACAUAACGAUGGGAAUGUAGUUAGACUGUGAUUUCUCACACCAGCCUUAACCACAAACUCCACUGACGUAGGACGUGCCAUAACUAUUGAGAGGUAAUAGUUGUGGCACAUCCUUGGGCGUUUUAUACGCCAGAAAGUUAAAUCUAAGCACUAGGGGUACAUUUAUUGACACUGUUCUUAAUAACCCCCCUGUGCUGGCGGUGUAUCCGACGGAGUUGUGAAGAGGAGCAGGACUCUUCAUAACUUCGGCAGAUCCUCCGCCAGUUCUAAAUGUCUUGCAUUUAGACCAUUUUAUACGCCUGAAACAGGUGUAGAAAAUGGUACAUAAGACGAGCCUAUCGGCCUUUCCCCACCCACGGGAAGAAGUCGCACCUGUAAUACGCCUAACAUAGGUGUACUUCAGCCUAAUCAAUGACCCCCCUAAAUUUUAAAAAAAUACUCCAUUAUGGUCGUUAAUGACCUUAUGGGUGUGGCACAGUAUAUACAAUUAUUAAAGUAGCCCACACAGAAAAAAAAGUUAUUACUUUUGAUACAAAAAACUACGAAAAUGUGUCCGGUCUUUGGAUAAAAUUUGUCAUGUGGUUCCUACCCUGAAAUCUCGAAGAUGAUGCUCCUUGGUAGAUGGUGGAGUCCUCUGCCUAGAUUCUUUGGUAUACGGUGUAGAGCACUUUUAGGAUGUACAUUCAAUGUCAGACUCUACCUUGUUUAGUAUUUUCCAGUUUAUUACCUUCAGUGUUUGUUGCUUUUUAGUAUUGCUCCAUUAGAAGUCAGCAUUAGCGACUUCAGCUUAGGUUCACUGCCUGUUGGAGGCACGGUCUGCUGGUAGACAGGGAGGAGGGGGAUGCUGCUGCAAUUUCUCUCCCUCUCUCUGAGACUUAUGCUUUGAGAGUGGAGAGUAACAGAAGCCCUGGUGCUCAAAGCACAUCACACCAGGAAGAGCACAUGGAGGAACAAUAUCGGCAUGUCGACUAUCGAGAUGAAGACACACUUAAAUACUCCAUAGAUAUCUUUCUACAUUUGAUUUAUGGCUACUGAAGACACUAGAUAAUUAGAAUUAUUGUUUUUGGAGUUCAUAAAAAAAAAUACAUUUUUAGGGCAAUGGA